ACACACACACACACACACACACACACACACACACACACACACACACACACUUGAGAAAAUGAACAGCUUCAUUAUGAAAAUAGCUUGUUUUGUGGCUUGCAUUAUGUGUACCAGCGGCACAUCGUCCCCAGGGACUGAGUCUAAAGCGUCGAUCCAGGAUACAUGCACCUCCUGCGGCCUCGGGCAGCCGGAGGAGUCGGUGCGGAUGGACGUGGAGUUUCUGGAAGCGGUAAAGAGGCAUAUUCUGAACAGGUUACAUAUGCGGGACAGACCCAACAUCACCCACCCCAUCCCGAAGGCGGCGAUGGUGACUGCGCUAAGGAAGCUGCACGCUGGAAAAGUUAGGGAGGACGGCAGAGUAGAAAUCCCAAACCUGGAUGGGCAAGCCACCUCGGAUCAUGAGGUCCUGGAGCAAACAUCGGAGAUCAUCAGCUUUGCAGAGUCAGAUGAGCUGGCAUCAUCCAAGUCGAGCCUCUACUUUUUGGUCUCGAACGAAGGAAACCAAAAUCUCUUUGUUUUUCAAGCCAACUUGUGGCUGUACUUUAAAGUGCUUCCAUCCAACGGGGAGAAGGGCGUCCGGCGCAAGGUGACAGUGAAGGUCUACUUCCAGGAGGCCGGGGCGAGCAGCACUUGGAGCGCGGUGGAGAAGCGGGUGGAGCUCAAGAGAAGCGGCUGGCACACUUUCCCCCUGACACAGGCCAUCCAGGCUCUUCUGGAGAAAGGGGAGAGGAGGCAGAACCUGGAGGUGCACUGCGAGGGCUGCCAGAACGUAGCGGUGACGCCCGUCCUCGUCAACCCCGACGACGAGGCCCACCGGCCCUUUCUAGUGGUGCAGGCUCGAGCGGCCAACAGCAAGCACCGCAUCCGCAAGCGAGGGCUGGAGUGCGACGGCAGGACCAGCCUCUGCUGCAGGCAGCAGUUCUACAUUGACUUCGGGCUGAUUGGAUGGAAUGACUGGAUCAUAGCGCCGAAAGGGUACUAUGGGAACUACUGCGAGGGGAGCUGCCCAGCCUACAUGGCUGGCGUGCCCGGGUCGGCCUCCUCCUUCCACACGGCUGUGGUGAACCAGUACAGAAUGCGAGGGCUGAGCCCGGGCUCCAUGAACUCCUGCUGUAUACCCACCAAGCUCAGCACCAUGUCCAUGCUGUACUUUGACGACGAGUAUAACAUUGUCAAGAGAGAUGUGCCCAACAUGAUCGUGGAAGAAUGUGGCUGCGCUUGAGUUUUGUAUGCAAGCAAGUUCCCUCAAUUUGAUCAUUAUUUUUUAAGGGAUUAUUGCCCUGCUCUACGACAUGAAGCAACAGGAAAUAAUAAUAAUAAAAUAAUAAUAAUUAUAAUAUUUAUGAACAUUUUGAUACCUUUUGUGUAUGGUUAGCCUUUUCUACAAAAUCAGAGACUGCUUCUGCAUUUUACUCAUAAGUACUUAAGAAAAAAACAGAUCCCAUCCUGGCCUGUGGAGCCUGUGACUGUCACCAGACACACAAUCUGACCACUUUACAGUGACCUUGAAAUGGAAUCUGAAGGGAAUGCGCACCAUCUACUAGAAAGAAGUUUAAAUUUGACAGGACUUCCAAAAAGGAAAAUAUCAGGAUGAUGGGACACACAUUCCACAAAAGAUCUUAUAGAACACUGUUUUCAUGUAUCAGUGGACACUUCUCUGGGGCCAGCUCCAAGUGGUCAGGUAUGGUGCAUUGUCUUGAAACAGUUACAGCCUGCUUGGUACCUGCCUUAAGUGCUAAGUGCCGAUGGAAGGAGAUUUCAGUUCCUAUAGACAUUCCAGCGAAGUAAAGCACCUUUCAGUUAUUGGUAGAGCAUGGACUCCUAACUGGUGUUCAAGAAACCCAUAUGGACUGGUAUAAUCAGGGUUUCAGCUGGACUGUAAGAGACAGCUUUACUCUUUACAGCAUCUCUGAAAAAACCAAUCAAAUGUACUUGAACAGCUGAUGCAAAGAAUAACUGAGUUCUCUCGUAUGAAUCCGUGGAUUUCAAGAAUGGCCAUGCUGCUCAGCUGGUGAUGGUGCAGCACAGCACUUUCAAACUCCUGAAUGCACAUUUGAUAGCACUUGCAGAUCUAAAUGCCUUUACAAGGGUGCUUGCCAGUGCCUUUCCCCACCCACACAACCCAGUUAAAGACGUGCCACGUGAGCUAUGCGAUGUAAACUAUUGACCCAUACCAGACCAGUGCAGCUCUUUGUAAGACUCUUUAUUUGAAUCUGCUUUGAUCAAUACUUGAAACAUAAUCGUUCGCUUCUUCUUCUUCAACGAGCGAGUGAUUGUCACAAUGUUUGCACUGAUAAGUUGCGUGAUUAGUUUAAAAAACUGCCAUUGAAAGAAAAACAAAAUGUUAUUUUUAUAAAAACUGAAAUUUGAAUUCUGUUAAAAAAUGUAUUAUACCUAAUAAUGGAACCAAAGAAGCCAAUUCUUUUUUAUAGCUGUUAUUAAGAUGGCAAGGGCGUCGCACACUGUUAUAAAAUACUGUGGGAUCUCUUGUGAAGCCUAAACACUGUUUCAGGGUACAGUAGUAUGGAUUCCAUUUUUUUUUAAUUCAGCAUGUUCUACACAGUAGACAAAUUGAAUAUUUCAUAAUUUCUGAUCAAUUUUAAUUCCAGUUUUUUUUAUUUAAUAAAAGCUCUUUUUAGAUCCUGUUGCAGAAUCAUUUAGAAUUAA